GGCACCAUUGCCCCGACGGCGCGGCCGGGCGGCCCGGCUCUGCCCCGGCUCCGCGCUGGCCGCAAGACGCUCCUGGCGGCCGCGGCGGGCGUGGUGAUGCUGCUCGUGCUGGUCGUGCUGAUCCCCGUGCUGGUGAGCUCGGGUGGCCCGGACGGCCACUACGAGAUGCUGGGCACCUGUCGCAUGGUGUGUGACCCCUACCCCGCGCGCGCCGGAGACGCCCGCACCGAGCAGAGCGCGCCGCCGCCCUCCACGCUGGUCCAGGGCCCCCAGGGCAAGCCGGGCCGCGCGGGCAAGCCGGGCCCCCCUGGUCCCCCCGGAGAGCCCGGCCCCCCGGGCCCUGCGGGGCCGCCAGGGCUGCGGGGCGAGCCGGGGCCGCCGGGCCCCGCGGGGCUGCCCGGAGCGGGGGCGUCGGGCGCGGUGAGCGCUGCCACCUACACCACGGUGCCGCGCGUGGCCUUCUACGCCGGCCUCAAGAACCCGCACGAGGGCUACGAGGUGCUCAAGUUCGACGACGUGGUCACCAACCUGGGCAACAGCUACGACGCCGCCAGCGGCAAGUUCACGUGCAGCAUCCCGGGCACCUACUUCUUCACCUACCACGUCCUGAUGCGCGGCGGCGACGGCACGAGCAUGUGGGCGGACCUGUGCAAGAACGGCCAGGUGCGGGCCAGUGCAAUCGCCCAGGACGCGGACCAGAACUACGACUACGCCAGCAACAGCGUGAUCCUGCACCUGGACGCGGGCGACGAGGUCUUCAUCAAGCUGGACGGCGGCAAAGCCCAUGGCGGCAACAGCAACAAGUACAGCACCUUCUCCGGCUUCAUCAUCUACUCUGACUGAGCCCGCGUGUGGCCCUGACCAGGGAGCUGAGGCCGAGGCACUGUCCCCAGUGACCCACCGCCGGCGCCUCAGCCUGGGCUGCUGAGCUGCCCGUGCCCGAGAAGCUGCCCAACCCCAGCACCCCAAGCCCUGGCCCAGCUGCGCCCCCUCUGACCAAAGCGAUAAUAAAAACCUUUCCACCCACCAUCGUCUGUGCCCUGGGGAGGGCAGCGGGGACCCUGCACCGGCCUGCUCUCCAUGCAGGGGCAGCCUGGUGGGAAGCAGCCCGCCCCAGCUCGCCCUCCGGGGUGCAAAGUUCCAGUGCACACUGCUGCACUGCGACAGUCUAAGGGGGGACACCUAGGUUCUGGUCCCUGUGACACUGAUGCUGGGCGAUCAGCCCCCUGGGACACCACUGCGGGUCAGGGCUUGCCGUAGAAAGGAACAGGCUUUGCACAGGGAUGCUUGACCUUGGUCCACGCGCUUCACCCCUGGGUCUACUUUCUCCUCAGUGAGAUGCAGACUGAGGAGGCUGAAAAGAGGUGUUGUGGACAUGCUCAAUAAACAGCUCUUAUUAUUUAUACACCACUUCAGCAUUUGCUGUAGUCGGAUGGGUGGACUUCAAUCUUUGGGGAGAAUAAAGAGCUUGCUUCGUGUGCUGUGGUCGCUGA